AUGACUUCUGAUACCAUCUUAAAGCUUGCGAGAUGGCGUGUGAGAGAUUUGGCUGCCUGUUUUUUUGCAUGCGAAAUUCCUCGAAUAGAUCAUGAGGAACAGAAUUGCUCGACUUCAACUGGUCAUCCAGAAGUGCCAAGAAAGAACAUGGUGUUUGAUCCAAUUGGAGAACGUAGAAGAAAGCAAAAGGAUGAGCAAAAACAAAGGACAAAGAAAAGCAAUCAGAAGAAGGUGUCUGUUGAGAAUUCUCAAAAAAUUACAAGGAAAAGUGAAGAGGGCUUGUCAAGAUUAAGCAGCGGAUCACAUUUUAAGGAAGAAGAAUACAUUGUUUUUUGCUUUAAAGACGAUGGAAGCAUUCAUUUGGGCAAAGAAAAAAGAACAUCAGAGGUUUCCAAUGCAACUACGGUAGAGGAAGAAGGAAGCGAUGAUGUAGAACUAGUAUGGCCACCUGAUGAGAUAAAAGAGAUUGAUCACGCUGGAAAUCAUGGUGAUCAAGCCAAAACGUUAUCUUCCAUCUUAUCUGUCACGGAAUCGAGCGAUUCUAAUCGUUCAGAUGCUAGCUCCGGUUCUUUUGCAUUCCCAGUUAUUGAUGAGCAGUUUGAGGUGGGAAUGGAUGGGAAGUCCUGUUCAUAUGCCGCAGCCAGAAGACAGAGAACUGAGGGCACAGAGAGCUAG